UUUCAGAGGCAGCCUCUCAUUGACCAUCUAUCUGUAAUACAGGUUGUUGCUCCUACAGUACCACUGGUAUCGAUAGAGCCAUGUCAUCAUCACUGGCGUAUUCCAGAAGAGCCCUUAGCACUGCUACCAGUAGUACUACCCGCAAGGUGGUGGAACGGGUCCGUGCUCGAGUAUUUUGUCACUCGGACAGCUACUCAUCAUCAUUAUCAUCGGAAGAUGGAGGAGGCAAUCCAGUGACCAUUUUCUCCUCUCCAGAAACACUCUCCCCGAAGACACAAGAAAAACUCGCCAAGGAGUGCGAUUGGGAAAGUGUCAUGGUUCCACACUUCUCUAUUUUAAAUAAUAAUAACAACAACUCACCUCCUCCAUUAUCCUUUUACAUGCCAUCGGGAGAACAAGUCAGUUUUUGUGCCCAUGCUGCCAUGGGAGCUGCCAUGGAGAUUUGUCUGCAACAACAACAACACCAACAACAACAAGAAGAUCCACCCGAAGAACAACACAUAUCCUUCACGGUAGAUUCCAAAGAAUAUUGGACAUCCAUCUACGAUCUAGAUAUUGUUGCCUUGGAAAUGAAGAACACCCAAGUCUACCAACAAACACCAAUCUCACAGCCAUCCAUGCUGUAUCGCAUGUUAAGGGACUAUUGUGGUCUCGAGACGGCCGAUAUCGCCACCACGCCGCGUUCUGAUGUCAUGACAAGCGAAUUUGAAACAACAUCCUACAAUAAUCACAUUCUCUGUCACGGUUCCAUUGCCCGUCCGAAAACACUCGUACCGCUCUGGUCCGUCGACGAUUUGCACAAAAAGGCAACGGCUCCUUCGACUACAAGCUCCAACAAUUUUGCCCUGGCAUGUAAAGCACUGGACGAUACCACGGGAUUGUAUUUGUAUGCCAAAUCCAAUGAGGAAGAUGGCGCUUGGCAUUGUCGACAAUUUCCACGAGCAUCUGGCUAUGCGGAAGAUCCCGCUACGGGAAUUGCGGCCGCGGCAUUGGCAUGUCAUUUGUAUCAUCAUCACGAAAUCGAAUUGCCCGUAUACAAACUGUAUCAAGGAAGUGCCAUGGGAAAACCGUCCUUGAUUGUCGUGGAUCAAUUGGCGGUCGUGGAGGAGAAAGCAAGCGAUGACGACGACAAGUCAUUCUUGCAGGCAUCGUUUCGACUCUUGGGAAGAGUGGAAAUGGAUGAACGAGACACUCUGGAGGUGGAUGAUUAA